AUGAUUGUCUGGUUCCUCUUUGUCUCUUUGUUGUUCUUCCUCAAUUCCCUCCGUGGAGCUCCUAUGGAGGACUUGUGUUUAGAUUUUACUCUUCCAGGUUUUCCUGAUUAUUUUCUCAAAGAAGGCGAGCAAAACAUAAUUGUUAAUAUCCACAACCUAAAGGAGUAUGUUUCUUUGCUAGUCGAUGUGACAGUGAAGUCAGGGAUUAUGAAGCAGGUUGAAGCUUUCAUAUUAGGUUUUAGCCAGGACUUUGAUAUCUCAUCCCUCCAAAUAUUUUCACCUCAAGAGCUUGACUAUCUAAUAUGUCGUCGUCAAGAAAUAUGGGAGGCCAAAUCACUGGUGGAUAACAUAAAAUUUGAUCACGGGUUUACUCCUAAAAGUCCUGCCAUUAUAAAUCUACUCGAGAUCAUGACGAAAUUUACCCUUGAUCAGCAGCAUGCAUUCUGCCAGUUUGUAAUUGUUGCUUCUUCUCGGCUUCCAACUGGUGGUUUGGCUGCCCUUAGUCCCAAGCUUACCAUAGUUCAACAGGAAGUCAUGCGCAAGAAGCUGCUCUACGCCAUCCUAGAAGGCUGUGGAUCUUUUGAUCUAUCCUGAGUUGAUAAACUAACGAUACAGGGCUCACCAUUGGAUGCCCGUCAAUUUUAUCCCGAAAUAGUUUUCUUCUUUGUUGCCUGCAAUAACAUAGGUUGAGGUUACCAGUCGCUCCG